GCCGUUGUGGCGGGCGCUUCCUUUGGCAUGGGUCGAGCUACUUCUUUGGCCUUAGCGCAGCAAGGUGCCAAAAUUGUCUGUUGCGAUCUCAAUCCAGAGGCUAAUCCAUCGGGCUACAAGUCCGACCUUUACAUCAGUACAGCAGAUGUCAUUAUGGGAAGAGGCGGUACGGCUUUCUUCCAUAAAGCGGAUAUUUCCGUCUCCAAGGAACUUGAGGUGGCAUGA